AAAAAACAAAUCUUUAUUCAAACAAAGGCAUUGGAUAACUUGGAGGAACAACCAUAUUUUUUAAAAAUAUAUGGUCAAAUUUUUCGUGCUACAUCUUCACCUUUUGUAUUAUUCUCAUUUUUGAAGUCGAUUCCUCUUAAAAAAAAUGUUGAAUUCUUUUUAUUAAUUAAAGAGUUUGAUGAUUUUCUAUUUAAAAUGAUUGAACAACGAAAACUUGAAAUGUCUAAAACUGAAUAUGAUGAGGAACAUACUGAUUUAUUAACUGGAAUCUUAGAAGCUGCUAGCCAUGAAAAAUACAAUUAUACGAAUAAAGAACUUUGA